ACUCCAUGGUAGUGUUAUAUCAAUCACUAAAUUAUCAAAGUUGAACAGAUAAAACAUAAGCUUUAUAGAAAUAACAAUGCUACCAUGGAUACUCUUCUUCCUCUUGGCUACCGUCGAGAUCUCAACUGCACUCGUCGCCGGAAACAGCCAAGUUAUCACUUUCCGAUCACCCAAACUCUUCCCUGAAGGCCUUGCAUGGGACCCAACGGGGCAGAACUUCCUCGUCGGAUCUCUCCACCACCGCACCAUCUCCAACGUCUCUGAUGCUGGAGUGAUUGAAACACUAAUCUCCGAUCCUACCCUCCCUGAAAACGUCACCAUCUUGGGCCUCGCCGUCGAUGCCCAUAACCACCGUGUCCUCGCCGCUCUCCACGCUUUUAAACCCCUCCCUCCCUUCAACGCCCUCGCCGCCUACGACCUCCACUCCGGCAACCGCCUUUUCCUCACCGUUCUACCCACCAACGACAAUUCCGACGAAGCCACCACCGCGAACGACGUUGCCGUGGACUUCAAGGGAAAUGCUUACGUCACGAACUCCGGAGGAAACUACAUCUGGAAGGUGAACGAGAAAGGGGAAGCUUCGAUACUUUCGAACUCCCGCAGGUUCACGGAACAACCCGUGGACCGCGAAGCAUGGUAUAGUUCCUGCGGCCUGAACGGCAUCGCUUACGUCAGCAGCGGGUAUCUCCUGGUGGUGCAAAGCAAUACUGGUAAGAUGUUCAAGGUGGAUCCCGAAGAUGGCACCGCGAAGCUCGUGGCGCUGAACGAGGACCUAAUUGGUGCGGACGGCGUCGUUUCAAGGAGUGACGGCGUCGUUUUGGUGGUGUCCCCGGUGACUGGAAAGCUGUGGUUCCUGAAGAGCAAAGAUGAGUGGGGUGAGGGUGUGGUGUUUGACAAAAUUGACCUUGACUUGGAAGGAUUUCCUACUUCAGUUGCUGUUGGCGAGAGGGACAGGGCUUAUGUAUUAUACGGGCAUGUGAAGGAGGGCAUUUGGGGAAAUGCGGAGAGGGAGAGCUUUGAGAUUGAGGAGGUGAGGUCGCUCAGUGAGGUGGAGGGUGUGAACGUGUAUUGGAUGUAUGUGAUUGUUGGAGUGGGUUUGGCCUAUUUCUUGUAUUGGAGACUCCAAAUGGGACACUUUGUGAACACCAUGGAUAAGAAGACCAAUUGAUGAUUCUUUAUAGUUCCUAUACAUGUACCAGACAAAAAUAAAAAUUUGCUUGCUCAGAUACUGUAAUUAAUAAUUUGCAUGUAAAAUAUGAAAGAUUAAUAAGAUGAUAUUUGUCACUAGAGUUGUUGGCA